UAUUUGCCGUGCCUUUCUCAUUGAUCAUGAAACAAUAUAUAAUACAAGCGUAAGCUAGGUUAGGGUUAAGGCUAAACUAGUAAUUUACAAACUAAUUACAUACUAGAUUAUUUACAUAAUCUAACAGGAGAGAAUACUCACAAUCCAGUACUUUCAACCGUAUGUGAAUCCACCUCUUCUCGAGCUGCUAGAAGACGUAGGAUGGAAAUCAGACGGUUUAAAUUCAUCGAUGGAGUGUCCAACAGUAAUAAUCCUGUAACAGACGACGAUGAUUCUGAUAUUAUCGACGGAACUAAGCGUCAAAGGAUAGAUUUCGCGUCGUCUUCGUUUUCCAGAGAAUGCACUUCUAACGCUGUUGAAACUAGCGUCGUUUCUGAUGAUCGUGUUAGAGAUAUAAUUAGUUCUAGUACUGAUAAUACUACUAAUAAUAAUAAAUUGUCGGAGGAAGAAGAUGAAACUUCGACGACGUCGUUUUAUGAAUCUUCCAUUUAUAAUAUUCAGAAUUUAGUUCCGAAAUUUGGCGUCGCUUCUGUUUGUGGAAGGCGUCGAGAUAUGGAAGAUGCUAUUGCUGUUCAUCCUUCGUUUUUCCGAUCAGAAAAUUGUUCCGAUUCCGAUAUCUCCUCCUCGGAAUUGCAUUACUUCGGCGUUUACGACGGCCAUGGCUGCUCUCACGUGGCGAUGAGGUGUAGAGAGAGACUGCACGAGCUAGUGAAGGAGGAGUUAGUGGCGGUACCAGAAUGGAAGUUAGCAAUGGAGAGAAGUUUCAGUAGAAUGGAUAAAGAAGCGAUCGCGUGGAAUAAAGGAGUAAUCGGUAAUUGUAGGUGUGAAUUACAGACGCCUGAAUGCGACGCCGUCGGAUCCACCGCAGUCGUCGCCAUUGUUACGCCGGAUAAAAUUAUCGUCGCUAAUUGUGGUGAUUCUCGCGCCGUUCUUUGCCGUAACGGCGAACCCUUCCCUCUUUCCGACGACCACAAGCCGGACCGACCGGAUGAGUUGAACCGGAUCGAAGAAGCCGGCGGUCGGGUGAUAUAUUGGGAUGGAGCUCGGGUUCUUGGGGUGCUCGCCAUGUCUAGAGCCAUUGGGGAUAACUAUUUGAAGCCAUACGUGAGCUGUGAGCCAGAGGUAACAAUAAUGGACCGAACAGUAGAUGAUGACUGUCUGAUAUUAGCAAGUGAUGGGCUGUGGGAUGUAGUGUCAAACGACACCGCGUGUGGUGUGGCAAGAAUGUGCUUAAGAGGCAAGGUGCCACCAGCGACAUUAACCCCGGAUGUUGAACAGAUCACUGGUGUUGGUGAAGCAAUGGCGGAUAAAGCAUGUACGGAUGCUUCAAUGCUGCUUACGAAGUUGGCUCUAGCAAGGCACAGCACCGAUAAUGUAAGUGUUGUCGUGAUUGAUCUAAGGAAGGAUGCCUAGUAACAACGUAACGGGUGUCCUCCAGCGAAAACAAAUCAUCAUACUAUUAGGUAGCUAGAAGAAAAUGAAAAUGGAAGGAAAUGGAAGAGGGUUAAAAAAUGGGAUUUGUUAAACAUCGUCCAUAAAUCUCUACAUAAAGCCCACAAUUAUUUUUACUUUGACUCUUUUGCCCUUUUUUUAAUUUUUACCGAAACCGUAAUUCCCUCUCACGAAGAAUGUGGAGCUGGAGUGGAUUGCCGAGGGACACCGGAGAGCCAUCAUCGUCGCCGGAAAGCGAGAUAAUCCGGGGAAAAAAUUACGAAAAGUAGGGGUGGCGUCUGGUCAGGACGCCGCCACCAUUGCGGUGGCAUCUGGCCGGGACGCCGCAACCGUGGCUAGGCGUCCAGGUCAAACGCCAGCCCCCUGGUUCCGGCGGCCGGAGCAGACGCCACCACCAGGGGCUGGGCGUCCUGGCCAGGCGCCCCACCACUUCUUGUUUUUUUUUAUUUUUUUUUUUUUAAAAAAAAUCCUGCCACCGUGAGCCGUCCUUCCCUCCGCCGCUGUGGCCGCCAAGUCUUUACCUUGCCGCCUCGACAUUGUCGUAUUUUCGGGUGAUUAGAGUGUGAGUAUGGGUUAGAUUUUUUUAUUUUAGGUUUAGGGCAAUAAGGUAAAUUCAAUAUAGAUUUGUGGGCUUUAUGUGGAGAUUUGCGGGCGAUGUUUAGCAAUCCAC